AUGACAGAACAUCUCUGUGAAAGUGAUAGCUUAUACAAUAAUAUUGACAGAGGCAAGAUUCUCCAGCACAGUCCAACAGUCAUGAGUCUUAGCUAUGGUGCACCCAACAUGAUCUCUGUUCAACCCUCCCCAGUGUCUCCACACUUCAUCCAAGAGCCACUAGCAUCCCCUGUAACCCCUAGAAAUGACCUUUCUCCUAUGAUUGAGGUACCAAAAUCUGGGGGACCUUGGGAUACAAAUCAAUUUGGAAAAACAGCCUCAGACCCCUGGGGCUGCUCACAAGAGGACUUUGGUGACUGCAGGAGCAGGACUCAGCUUAAAGUGCAUAGUAACACUGAGCAGGCCACAAAAUUCAAUGGCAGUUCCCCUCAGCGGCUUGACUCCUUCUACAAAGCCUUUCCAGCUCAGAACUUUCACAUUAUCUAUGGUAACAGUAAUGGCAGAGACACCAACUGUACAGAGGAAAAUCAGAUUUCAGGGAUGCCAUUGCCACCACAGGGUGGGAUUCUGCCCGAUGGGCCAGAUUGGCAGGCAUUCUCCCAUCCAUCCCAGCUUGUCAAUCAGAUGGCCAUGCACAGUCAAGCACAGCAUAUAGAAUCUCAGCGGAGAUACCAACCAUUAGACACUCAACAUGCAAUUCAUAAUCUUCACCAAAAUCACCAGCAGUAUCAUUAUGGAUUCCAGCAACAACAUCAGGAGCCUGUGAAGGUGGGCCAAAUAGAACAAAUGCAGCAGAGUUUUCAAAAGCAAGAAAGUCAGUAUUAUAUACAUCAGCAAGGUUUUCAGGUCCCACAGAGUCCAAGUGCAGCAAACCAUCCAAUCCUGAACCAGCAGCAGCAGCAUAUUGCUCCAGAACAUCACAGAGGGUUGUACUUUCAGCAAACUCCACGAGAAUCUCAGGAUGACCACCAGCCUCUUCAAUCACCAUCCUAUUACCACACUCAGCAACCUCAGACUCCUGAGCUCCAACCAUUCCAGGUUGGUCCAAGCCUUUCAAUGCAGUCACCCCAGUGCCAGGAGCAGCAACAUUUUCGACCACUCCCCCAUCAGAGCAACCUCUGCAUGCAACAGCAACAAACUCACACUCAGGAGCAAGCUCAUUCUAUUCAGUCCAAGCAUCACAUACAGGACUCGGAUGGUCAUCUGCUCUAUCAUGACAAAAAGACCCCAGCCAGCGUGCAGGGAUUCUCUGGUCCCAAACAGGACAGCUUUGGAAGCUUGAAGAUGAACAUUGAAGGGAGACCAGUAGGCAACACCAAGCUAAAAUGCACUGUCUGCCAGAGAGAGUUCAAGAGUUUGCCAGCCCUCAAUGGCCACAUGCGUUCACACGGUGGAUUCAGGAUGCAACUUUCAGCACCCAAAAUGAAAGAUGGACACAUCCAGCUGCCUGUGAACCCAAUUGUCCUGCCGGUGUCUGUUCCUAUCAAGCAUUAUCCUCCCUCAUCUAAGCACUAUGUUAGCCCUCAGUGCCCCAAGUUAGAGAGUGAUCUUAAUGUCUUUGCUGAGUCUUAUCCACAACCAUCUCAAUCUCCAAGGGACCAGACCCCAUCUAUUACAGUCACAGAGGGGGCACAAGUUGCACCAAGUGAAAAUAAAAGAUCUCGCCGCUGCCUAGUGCCACUUGUUAUCCCUCCAUUCAACAAUGGUCAACCUACGAGAGGGGCCGUCCUUUUCCAAAGCCAGCUUCGUUCACCAGGCAGUGUGGGAGAGAAUGAAAUUUAUACUCCUCCACCAAUGCUUAGUCCAAUACGACCAGGUUCAGGACUCUUUAGUGGUAUCAAUGUGGGACUCCAGAGCACUGGAUCAAAACUUGUCCAAAGAGUUCUCCUCUGCAAAGAAAGCAGCAUAGACAGCAAGGUUGUGACACCAGGUCCAGGAGAACAGACUGUUGAUGUGAAGCCCCAAAUAAAUAUUGGUGCUGAUUUCCAAGCAGUAAUUCCAGACAUGAGGAGUCGACCUAAAGCAGAGGAAGAGUCCCAUAAGGCUAGUCUGGUAUGGUCAUCCUGCAUUGAUCUGAGUGGCCCUGACAACCAAAGGAAAGUGGAAGACCUCAUGAAAAUGGCAUGCUCCAGUGUUCUCCCAGGAGGAGGAACAAACAUAGAAUAUGUCCUCCAUUGUCUGUUUAAAUGCAAGGGAGAUAUCAUGGCAACCCUUGAGAAACUCUUGCUGAGACCAUUUAUAAAUGUGUCAAAUCCUCUCCUGGACUACCAUUAUGCAGGAUCAGAUAAGUGGACUCUUCAAGAGAAGAGACAACUAAACAAAGCCUUAAUGAUCCAUCAUAAGGAUUUCCACCUUAUUCAGAAAAUGGUGAAGACAAAGACAGUGGCACAGUGUGUUGAGUAUUAUUACACAUGGAAAAAGAGGCUUCGCCUGGGAAGGAGACUCAGUAUUGGUCAAAUCACUCCAGGAGAGGAGAGAGAGGGUGAAUGGGAGGAAGGGAAGCGGGUUAAUAUAGAAAUGGGCAAGGACAGCAGCUGUACCACACAGCUGACUGAACUAAUGGAUAACAUCAGUGCAGCAUCGGUUUGUGAAUCCCUUACCAGUGGUCCUGUAUUUAAUGGCAAAGCAUGGACCCAGACCAGUCCAGGGCUCCUGUCUAAUUUAUCAGCAGACCCUAAACCAGUGCCAUUUGGCUCAGGGUCUCUUAAAAGCUCUCCUUCGAACAGCACCACAAGUGGAGACACAGAUUCUACCCCUAUUUUUCCUUGCACAGAAUGUGGAAAGACAUUUUUCAAGGUUAAAAGCCGCAACGCUCACAUGAAAAGUCAUCGACAACAGGAGGAGGCGUCAUGCUGGCAGUCUCACAGACCUCCUGAGCAGAUGAACCUGUUCACAACUCCAGAAAGUCCUCAUGACACCUUACUUUCAUCACCCACAACUAUUCACCCUUUAGUAUGUAACAACACUGAAGGUGGUAAAAGGUUACCAGUUACUAAUGGAGGGUCACUGAGUACAGACACCCUGUUGAAUGCUCGGUCGAACCUCCAGAGUGAUCUGGAGAACCAUAUGCCCAUUUAG